AUGAGCAGGGCCCUACGGGAAGCUGGGGCUCUGACCAGCUCUGCACCCACAGGGGCCCAGGGAGGCUGCGUGGCCCGGGCUCUGCUAGAAGAUGGGACCUUCAAGGUCCGUGCAGUGACACGGAGCCCCAUGAAGAAGGAGGCCGAGGAGCUGAAGCAGAGGGGAGCGGAGGUUGUGAGGGCGGAUCAGGACGAUGAGCGAUCGCUGGAGCUGGCCUUGGCCGGUGCUUACGGAGCCUUUAUUGUAACCAACUUCUGGGAGCACAACAGCAAAGAGAAAGAAAUCGCGCAGGGAAAGCGGCUUGCUGACCUGUCGAAGCGCCUCGGGCUGCGCCACGUCGUGUACAGCGGCCUGGAGAACGUGAAGCAGCUGACGGGGGGCCGGCUGGAGGUGCUCCACUUCGAUGGCAAAGGUGUGGUGCAGGAGUACUUCCAGAAAAUCGGUGUUCCCACCACGACCAUCCGACUGCCGUUCUACUUCGAGAACUUCCUCUCCAUCUUCAAGCCACAGAAGGUCCCACACAGAGAUGCCUUUGUCCUGGCACUGCCCAUGGGGGACACCCCCAUGGAUGGGAUGGCGGUGGAGGACAUGGGACCUGUUGUGCUGUGCCUGCUGAAGUCCCCGGAGGAGUACACAGGCCAAGUGAUCGGGCUGAGCACUGGCAAGCUCACCGAGGCGGAGUACGCUGCCGUCCUCUCCCAGCAGACGGGCAAGACCGUGGAAGCCAGCAAGCUCUCACCAGAGGAGUACGAGCGAGGCGGCUCCCCUGGGGCCAAGGAAAUGGCUGCCCUGUUCCGUUUCUACGCCCUAAAGCCAGACCGCAACGUGGAGCUGACCAUGAAACUCAACCCCAAGGCUCGCACCUUCCCUCAGUGGGUGGCAGACAACAAGGCUGCCUUCUGA